AUGAAUAUAGAUGAAGAAAUUUUAAAGCAUAAAUAUAUUUUAAGGAAUUCAAACUAUAAUUCAAAAAAGAAACAUAGUAAAUUAGUAAGCAAAAAUAAAUAUUUAGAAUAUUCAUAUUCUAGUCCUGUUGUUAUAAAGUUAAAAAAUAAAAAAAGAUAUUCAAAAUUAUAUGAAAUAAUUGAUAUUCAUAAAUCUCCUCAUAAAAAAAAAAUUGAUAUAAAUACAACAAUAUCAUCAUGCAAAAAAUCAGAUGAAAAAGCAAUUAACUUAAAAGAAAGACCUUUAAAUAAAAAAUUAGAUAAAGAAACAUAUUAUCAAAACAAUUAUUCUUUAAAAAAAAAUUUAGAUGAAAAUACAUAUUAUUCUAAUAACAGUAAUUUAUCAAAUGUACAAAAAAGUAAUAUAAUAAAAAAAAAAAAAGGAACUUUAAAAAAAAUAGAAAAAUCAAACAUAAAUAACUCUAAUACUUAUAAUAUACAACAACUAAAUGAAAAUUUUUAUUUCAAAGAGGAUAAUGAUAUAAAAGAAAAUUCUAAUGAAGUGAAACUAAGUAUAAAUAAUAGCAAAUGUCUAAAAAGCAACUAUAUUUUAAAAAAGUUAAAUGGAGAAAUAAAAGAAUUAAACAUUAAGGAUGCAAGUAGCAUUUUAGAAAAUUAUAUUCCUUAUCAAAAUAAUAAUAUAUCUACAGAAAAUAAAUUUAAAACUAAAAGAUCCCUUUCAUCUACAAUUAACAAUUUAGAAGACUUAAAUAAUUUACCAAUAGUUUAUGAAGAAAGAAACUUAGAUUUAGUAAAAAAAUGUAGAGAAGCAUCAAAAAAAAAAAUCAUAAAUAAAUAUUGUUCUAAAAGUAAAAUACCUUCAAAAAUUAAGCUUCCCAUUAAAAAAAGCUUUAAAAUAUUAACUAAUUCAAAUUUAAAGUUAAAAUACGGAGAUUGCUGCUUAUAUAAGGAAAAUGAAAAGAAAAAAAGACCAAGUACUACUUUUAAUUAUUCUUCUAAAAAAUAUAGAAGUUUAAGUUGCAUUAAUAUGAAUAAUGUUAAUCAUAAUGAUAAAAACAAAAAUAGAGAAAUUUCACAAAAAUCAUUAUUAUGUAAUUCAGAAGAAUUUUACACAACUCCAAUAGGAGAAGCAAAAUUAUGUGGUUUUGAAAAGGAAUUAAUGAAAUUUAAGUCAGUCCAGAAUAAAAUUAAUAUAUUUCAUCCAUCUCAAGUAAACUAUAAUAAAACUAUUAAUUCUUCAAACAUUAAUUCUGUUAAAAAAAAUUUAACUCCAUUGGUUUUGAAGCACUCAAAAAAUAUGAUUUUGAGCAAAUUAAAAAAAUUGAAACCUAAAAAAAUAAAUAAUUCAAAAUAUAGAAGUAGUUCUUUAGUAGAUAAUAUUUUAGGGAAAGAGAAUUUUUCAAAAUGGAACCUUUUAGAAAAUAAUGAAAGCUUAAAAAAUACUACUAAUUUCAAAAUAGAAAAUAAAAUAAUUAAUGAAAAAAGGAAAAGUAAAAUAUCUAGCGAAAAUGAGGAUCUGUAUAUAUUAAAUUAUAAUAAAAAGUUAAAUCAAUCUAAAAAUUUAAAUUCUGGAAAAAAUGAAUCUCCAUUUCAAAUUAAUGAACGAGAUUUAACAUUGUCAAAAAUAUUAGCAGAAAAACCAAUUGUGAAAUCAACCGAAAAAAAAAAAGUGAUAGAAAAAAUAAAUGACUAUAAAGUGAUAUACAAAAGUGAAGAUUUUGUAGGCAUUUAUAAAAGUAAUGAAGAUAAUGAGAAGAAGAAAAAUUUCAUUGAUUUCACUAGUUUACUAUGUAAGCCAGGAUACAUUGGAGACUAUUUAUGUGAAACAACCUCAACCAUUAAUCUCUCCUAUAUAAAAAAAAGAAAAGAAGAAAAUAAAUAUAAGAAGAUAUCAGAAGAUAAUAAUAAUGAAAAUGAAAAAAUAAGAGAAAAUAAUACUAGUUUUAAUAAUGAAUAUUAUACAAAAGAAAAUAUGGCAAAAGGAGAAAGUGAGAAAAUAAAUGUAGAGCAUCAACACCAACCAAAUGAAACUACAAAAUAUAGAAAUAUAUUUGAAUUAAAUAAAAAUGAAAAUGAUGAAAUUUUAUAUUAUUUAAAAGAAGCUGUAAAAAACUCACCAACAAUUAAUGUAGAUUUACAGUAUAUAAUGAUUAUUUUUAAUGAAAUAUUAGAGAAGGAAAAAAAAAUAAAAUAUAAAAAAGAAUUAUUAUCUACUGAUAUAAAUGAAAUAAGUGUAAUAAAUAAAAAUAUGAGAAAUAAUCAAAUUAAUAAUCAUUAUAAUAAGUAUAUUCAAACAAAUGAUUAUUUAAAAAGGCCUCAUAUAAAUUAUGACAUAUAUAAUAAUAAUUUAAGAUGCUCCAAUAACAUUUUAAAUAAGAAUGUGUUAUAUAACUCUCGUGAUAAUAAAAUUAAAAAUAACAAAAAUAGCAUAUCUAAUUCUUAUAACAGUUACAUUAUAAAUAAUUUAAGUAAUGGAAAAGCAACAUUAAGUCAUACCAAUAGCAGAUGUAUAAGAAAUAUGAAUUCUUUGAGUAAUAAGAAAAAUCUAGAAAAUUUUAAUAAUUUUUAUGAAUUAAAUAAAUUAGAUAUAAAAAAUUUUGCAAGGUAA